AUGACGUCAUCAGUAAACAUAGUUUCUCCAGUUGGACCGAAGAUGUGUUGCAUGAUCUGCAAACGUCACGGUGCUUGUGGAAAUACGACUUAUGAUCCAGGUGAACUGGUUUGUGACGUCACUGAUUCCAAACAGAAUGGUAAAGAAUCCAUGGAGGAAUUUUGUAAGGACAAGGUUAUACACAGAUGUGGAAAUGAAGAAGACUUGAACAAAACUUGGAUCGAAUAUGAAAAUGGAUUUGGCUCUUUAAAGGAGGACUUUUGGCUAGGAAACCGGUACCUUCACUUGCUGACCAAGGACAAGAAAUACAAAAUGCAGGCUGUUGUCGUUGACAUUCGAAAAAGAACAGGCACCAGGAUGUACACAUCGUUUUCUGUAUCUGACGCCAAGAACAAGUACAGACUAAGUCUAAACGGCACUGGAUCAACUGGAAACUUAACGGAUGAGUUAUCAGCUAUAAAUGGUGGCAUGUUCAGCACAGUAGACCAGAAUAAUAUACUUGGUUAUCCAAACUGCAAAGUGGAGGAGGGGUUUUGGUACAACAAAUGCGACAAUCCAGUCAAAAUGCAGGGUACUUCCAAACACUGGUUCAAUUUCGUAUCCCCGUUAACUCAAACUAUGAUGAAGAUAAGAUUGUCAACCAGUUACAAUGAACACUAA